UGAUAUGUAUGAAAGUUUUAAGCAAUGAUAGCAUGAGGCUCAAUCGCCUUGAAAGGCAUUUGAAGCAACAACAUCCUACUCUGGUUUUGAAGACCAAAGAAUGUUUUCUUCUAAAGCAGAAUCACUCAAGCGGAUGAGACUGGAUAAAUCCAGAACUUAUCAUACAGGUGUAUCGCAGCAACUGAAAGCUUCAUUUGAAAUAGUUUUUAUGAUAUCAAAGCAAAAGAAACCGGGUACUAUCGGUGAAGAAUUAAUAAAACCAUGUAUCCUAAAAGCAACGCAGAUAAUUUUAGGAGAAGAUACAGAGGAAAAAAUAAAGUCUAUUUCUCUUUCGAAUAACACAGCCAAGCCAGACAUAACGUCACAAAUAAUUAACAAAGUAAAAUUAUCGCCAUUUCUUGCCAUUAGUUGCGAUGAAUCCACCGACAUCGUUAAUUGUGCACAGUUAAUAGUUUAUUUCCGCUACAUCAGCGGAGAUAUCAUUCAAGAAGAGAUUUUGUACUCCCAAUCUUUGACAGCAGCUACUACAUCUGGAGAUAUAUUUAAUUCAAUAUCAAAUGUUAGGUGA